GAACCUAUGGUGUGAGUUACUUAAAAGUGAAGAAUUUCUGAAAAAGUAUGGAAUUCGAUUGAAAAAGUUCUCUGAGUAGAAUUCUAUUCAGUUCACCAAUUUUAAGGAAUUGUACUAGAGAAUAAAACAUGAAUUGCACUGUUCCCUCAAGGAGCCUGUAAUCAAAAGCUGCAUUUUAAGAACAGUAAAUGAAAAAUUGAAUGUGUCAAGAGGAGGGUAACCAGAUGAUGAUGAAGUGUCUGAGAACCUUUGAAGGAGUUUGGAGUGCUUACUGUGGAGAAGGGAUGACUUGGUUGGAAUGGGUGGAGAACGGGAGGUGGCAGCUAUUUUCAGAUUCAGGCUAUAUGUACUGAUACCUUCAAUUCCAGUCACUGCAGUGUGUAUUGCAUUUUUCCACCCUGACAUAUUUGUAACUCUCUUCUCCAAUAAAGAUAUCAAGUUGUGCUAGUACAACCAUAUAAAUAAGUAAUACCUGAAGUCUCAGUGUAACAUGGACAUUAACAGUGAUGACAGAUAAAUGCAGACGCUUGGGAAUCAAAUACUAGGCGAAACACUUUUAAAAAAGAAAGGAAUUUAGGAAGUUCUAGUAUUCUCCAUGGCUGAAGCUGAGAGUCUGAAACCAUGAUGCUUAAGCUCUAUUCUAGAUCAUAGCUCCAACUCCUUCAGGAUAUAAGGAAAAGAGAUAAUAUUUCCACAAUGAUAGAUCUUUGGUUGUACAGGUUUCCCAAUGAGUGGAUCAUGAUGACCGUAUUGUAGGGACUUGCCAUAGUAUGGCUGCUUCCCGAUCUACUCGUGUUACAAGAUCAACAGUGGGGUUAAACGGCUUGGAUGAAUCUUUUUGUGGUAGAACUUUAAGGAAUCGUAGCAUUGCUCAUCCUGAAGAAAUCUCUUCUCAUUCUCAAGUACGAUCAAGAUCACCAAAGAAGAGACCAGAGCCUGUGCAAAUUCAGAAAGGAAAUAAUAAUGGAAGAACUACUGAUAUAAAACAGCAGAGUACUCGAGAGUCAUGGGUAAGCCCUAGGAAAAGAGGACUUCCUUCUUCAGAAAAAGAUAACGUAGAAAGGCAGUCUGUAGAAAAUUGUGAAAGAAGGCAAACAGAACCUGUUUCACCAGUUUUAAAACGAAUUAAGCGUUGUCUUAGAUCUGAAGCACCAAACAGUUCAGAAGAAGAUUCACCUAUAAAAUCAGACAAGGAGUCAGUAGAACAGAGGAGUACAGUAGUGGACAAUGAUGCAGAUUUUCAAGGGACUAAACGAGCUUGUCGAUGUCUUAUACUGGAUGAUUGUGAGAAAAGGGAAAUUAAAAAGGUGAAUGUCAGUGAGGAAGGGCCACUUAAUUCUACAGUAGUUGAAGAAAUCACGGGCUAUUUGGCUGUCAAUGGUGUUGAUGACAGUGAUUCAGCUGUUGUAAACUGUGAUGACUGUCAGUCCGAUGGGAACACUAAACAAAAUAGCACUGGUUCCUAUGUGUUGCAGGAGAAAUCAGUAGCUGAAAAUGGGGAUUCGGAUACCCACACUUCAAUGUUCCUUGGUAGUAGGAAGGAGGACAGUUAUAUAGACCAUAACGUGCCUUGCACAAAUUCAGAAGUGCAGGUCAAGUUGGAGGACCACAAAAUAGUAACUGCCUGCCUGCCUGUGGAACAUGUUAAUCAGCUGACUACUGAGCCAGCUACAGCCCCCUUUUCUGAAAUUCAUUCAUCUUUAAGGGAUUCUGAGGAGGAAGUAGAUGUGGUGGGAGAUAGCAGUGCCUCAAAAGAGCAGUGUAAUGAAAACACCUAUAACGCCCUGGACACAAGUCUUGAGAGUAUGCCAGUCUCCGGAGAACCAGAACCAUCUUCUGUUCUAGACUGUAUUUCAGCUCAAAUGAUGUCUUUAUCAGAACCUCAAGAACAUCGGUAUACUCUGAGAACUUCACCCCGGAGGGCAGCCCCUACCAGAGGUAGUCCCACUAAAAACAGUUCUCCUUGCAGAGAAAAUGGACAACUUGAGGAGAAUAAUCUUAAUCCCAGUGAAACAAAUGCACCUGUUAGUGAUAAUAUAAGUCAGUCUCUCACAAAUCCCGAUGAAAUUUCUCACAAUGAAAAAGGCAUAUGUUGUGACUCUGAAAAUUAUGGGAGUGAAGGACUAAAUAAGCCAUCCUCAGAGGCAAGACUCAAUAUUGGACAUUUGCCAUCUGCCAAAGAGAGUGCCAUUCCGCACAUUACAGAAGAGGAAGAUGAUGAUCCUGAUGUUUAUUACUUUGAAUCAGAUCAUGUGGCACUGAAACACAACAAAGAUUAUCAGAGACUGUUACAGACGAUUGCUGUACUCGAGGCUCAACGUUCUCAAGCAGUCCAGGACCUUGAAAGUUUAGGCAGACAUCAGAGAGAAGCACUAAAAAAUCCCAUUGGAUUUGUGGAAAAACUCCAGAAGAAGGCUGAUAUAGGGCUUCCAUAUCCACAGAGAGUUGUUCAAUUGCCUGAGAUUGUAUGGGACCAAUAUACCAAUAGCCUUGGGAACUUUGAAAGAGAAUUUAAAAAUCGCAAAAGACAUACUAGGAGAGUUAAGCUAGUUUUUGAUAAAGUAGGUUUACCUGCUAGACCAAAAAGUCCUUUAGAUCCUAGGAAGGAUGGAGAGUCCCUUUCAUACUCUAUGUUGCCUUUGAGUGAUGGUCCAGAAGGCUCAAACAGUCGUCCUCAGAUGAUAAGAGGACGCCUGUGUGAUGAUACCAAACCUGAAACAUUUAACCAGUUGUGGACUGUCGAAGAACAGAAAAAGCUUGAACAACUACUCUUGAAAUACCCUCCUGAAGAAGUAGAAUCUCGACGCUGGCAGAAGAUAGCAGAUGAACUGGGCAAUAGGACAGCAAAGCAGGUUGCCAGCCGAGUGCAGAAGUAUUUCAUAAAACUAACUAAAGCUGGCAUUCCAGUCCCAGGCAGAACACCAAACUUAUAUAUAUACUCCAAAAAGUCUUCAACAAGCAGACGACAGCACCCCCUUAAUAAGCAUCUCUUUAAACCUUCCACUUUCAUGACUUCCCAUGAACCACCAGUGUAUAUGGAUGAAGAUGAUGACCGAUCCUGUUUUCGUAGCCACAUGAACACUGCUAUGGAGGAGGCAUCAGAUGAAGAAAGUAUUCCUAUUAUGUAUAGGAAUUUACCUGAAUAUAAGGAACUAUUACAGUUUAAAAAGUUAAAAAAACAGAAACUUCAGCAAAUGCAAGCUGAAAGUGGAUUUGUGCAACAUGUGGGCUUCAAGUGUGAUAACUGUGGCAUAGAACCUAUCCAGGGUGUUCGGUGGCACUGCCAGGAUUGUCCUCCAGAAAUGUCUUUGGAUUUCUGUGAUUCUUGUUCAGACUGCCUUCAUGAAACAGAUAUUCACAAGGAAGAUCACCAACUAGAACCUGUUUAUAGGUCAGAGACAUUCUUAGACAGAGACUACUGUGUGUCCCAGGGCACCAGUUAUAAUUACCUUGACCCAAACUACUUUCCAGCAAACAGAUGACAUGGAAGAGAACAUCAUAUACUAGUCCUCUUCAACACAUAGCAAUGGUAUCAUUGUGAAUUAUGUGCACAGUUUGGAAAGAUUCUCUACUUUCCCUGAAAUGACACUCACAGCAUGACAGCUUCCUGAGUGUUCUCGUCAACAGCUCUGCACCGUUGUGGCUCUAGAUCACUGUUCAGCAGCUGAACAUUCCUGGUGAGCAAAAGGGUUUCCCUGGUGAAAUUCUCACCACCACCUUAAAGCCUUUUAGGUGGUGAUCUUAAAUGGGUGAGAUGGAAAUGAGAGCACAUAUUAAAGAGAGAGUAAAUUCCAAAGGUUUCAAAGAACUUGGUCAUAAAUAUGCUAAUGAGAAGACAAAGUAUUUAUAUUAAAACAGUUUAGUAGCUUUCAGUUUUGUGAAAAUAGUUUCCAGCACAGAAACUGACUUCCUUAGGCAAAGUUUUAACCAAUGACGGUGUUUGCUUCUAGGAUAUAUACACUUUAAAAGAACUCACUGUCCCAGUGGUGGCCGCUGAUGGCCUUUAGUAAAUUGGAGCUGCUUAACCAUCUUGAUGUCUAAUUUCUUUUAACCACAAUGAACUGUCCUUAUUACCAACAGUGAAGCACUACAGGAGGCAACUGUGGCAUUGCUUCCUUAACCAACUCAUGGUGUGUGAAUGUUAUAAAAUUGUCACUCAGAUAUAUUUUUUAAAUGUAAUGUUAUAUAAGAUGAUCAUGUGAUGUGUACAAACUAUGGUGAAAAGUGCCAGUGGUAGUAACCGUGUAAAGUCUCUAAUUCACAACAUUAAUUCCUUUAAAAUACACAGCCUUCUGCCUCUGUAUUUGGAGUUGUCAGUGCAACUCAUUGAAGAAAACUGCCUAAUAGAAAAAUCAUAUAUAUGGUAAUAAUUUCCCUCUUUUGUAGUCUGCACAAGAUCCAUAAAAGAUUGUAUUUUUAUUACUAUUUAAACAAGUGAUUAAAUUUAGUCUGUGCAGUGAGCAAGAGUUCACAUGCAUUCUUUUAUACUGCUGGAUUUUGUUGUGCAUCAUUUAAAACAUUUUGUAUGUUUCUUCUUAUCUGUGUAUACAGUAUGUUCUUGAAUAAUGUUCAUUUGUCAGGAGAACUGUGAGAAAUAAACUAUGUGGAUACUGUCUGUUUAUAUUAUAGAAUGCUUGUUGUGACUUCCUUCGGUUAGAUUUUGGAUUUUAUUUUUACUAGUAUUAAAACCAGAACAAUUUUUUUUAAGGUUUUUUUUUUUUUUUCCUUUACCUAUCUGUCCCUUAAAAAGAGUAAGGACUAUAUGAUGGAAAAGAAGGUAAACUUGAGAAGCUCUGUAAAAGAUGGUAAUGUUUUCACUCAGUGUGUGUGCUGAAACACUAAACUAGGUUAACAAAAAAGAAUAUGUACCAUGGUUAAAGAAAAAAGACAAUUAUUAAUGUCCAGAUGUGAAAACUAAACUUAGGUUGAAAACUUUUAACCUAACCAUCAUUCUUUCUGAUGAAAUAAGCCCCCCAUGUGUUAAAUAAGUGGUUUUUGAAAAUCACUGUAUUCCCUGGAAAUUAUUAUUGACUACUGGAAAAGAAAAUAUAAAUAUUCUAAGAUUGACUAGGUAUACUGACGCAAUUUUUAGAGUCUCCUGUUUUUUCCAAUUUUAAAUCAAGGGGACAUUAUUUACCAGUCCUCUUCAAUACAUUGCAGGGUACUGAAAUCAUACCCUGAAUUUUUUUAAUUGAGAAAAGUAAUAUAAUUUUAACUAUAGAAAUAUGAGAAUUUUAAAGUAAUAUAUUGAUUAAAGAAUACUGAUGAUUUUGAUAAAAUAUAUCACAUCAGAAGAAAAGGAGAUGGACUUGAGUUAGAGUUUUUGCUCUGGAAUUAUUAGUUGGGGCAAGAAGAGGGGAAUCAUUAACAUUCUGGGCAUUUGGCUAUUAAACUUCAAGUGAAUAUGCCAGAGAUCUACCUUCAACUUGUAGUAAAGUUGAAGUAGCACUUGAUGGUAACUUCUGUAACUUCUGUGUUUGCAUAGAAGUAAUACCAAUCAGUUUUGGAGAACCAUUCAGAGCCAUUCAAAAAUCCCAUAAAGUAUGAAGUAUGCUUUGAAAGAGUGACACAAUUGAUGUUUAUAUAAGCAGAAUAGACAAAAUAAAUGCACUUAAAUGUAUUUUUUAAGGACAAAGAUUUUGAGAAUUUUGAGUAACAAAGAGGCUUAUUUUCUGCUUGAGCAAAGAUGUGUUUAUUUUGCAUUUUUCAGUUCCAAGCAAAUAGUCCUCAUGGCUUUAAAAGGGUAGUAGUGGUGGUAAUGUGUUUUGUUGUUGUUUUAAUGUGAGGACUGCAGGAAUGCACAGGGCUCUCAUUUGCAAGUAGGCCUUCCAUCUCCUACAUAGAAGCAUUGGUUGUAAAAGACAACAUAGACCUACUUGUUAAAGCAUCACUUACUUAGUAGUAUUCAGUAGGUCAAUUGUAUUUCCUGAAAUAAUUCUGCUCAAGUUAUUUGCUAAGAAGUGAAGGAACUUUUAAUGACACCUAAAACCACUGCUUUAAGGUUUUUAGGCAGAGGGGAUUUUGGUUGGUGUGUGAUGUGUGCUAAGAAUAAUAGCAAACACUGAUAGAGUGCUUAUUAUGUGCCAAGCAAGCAUACGGUAACGAAUUUAAUUCUUACAACCUUAUGAGGCGGGUUCAUUUAUUAUCCUGUUUUCAUAUGAGGAAAUCUAGCCAGAGAGGUUAAGUAACUUGCCCAAGGUCAUAUAGUUAGUAAAGUGGUGAUGCUUAGAUUUUAAGCCAGACAGAUUGUUUCAGAGUCAGCGUCUGAGCAAGAAUAUUCCCUUUGUGUCAGGGGUCUCAGAGAUGGUGGAGGUGGAGGUGUGCAGGAGUUGCUUUUCUGUCUUUUCUUCUGGUGCGGUAUGCACCCUAGAGUACAAACCUGAGCACACGUCCAGGUUUAUAGCUCAGAAUAGAGCAGCAUAUCUGUGGAUGGGGAAACCCAUCCAUCUGUGAAAUCGUCUGCCCCAUGACGAAUUAGGAAAACACAUAAUUUACAUAUUCUUAUUUGACAGCAAACAUGUGGUCAUGAGGCUUUAGGCAAAGCUGGGACUGAAGACUUGGGUCUUCUGCCUCGGGUACGAUUUGUUUCCAUGCAUGUUUGGUGCCUCUCACUUUACCUAAUAGUAUGCUGUGUCCAUUUUUCUCUCCUUUUCUCUUUUGUUUAAAUUAAAUUGCAGAACACAACAAUUUACUGAGGUAUGAGGAACAUUUGUUUUUUAUGAAAUUAAAAAAAUAAUAUAUGACAUGUAUUAAGGAUAAAUACUUUGCAAAUUUCUAUGUUAGUUAUAAACAUAAGAGUGGCAUGCUAUAUAAACUAUAUUUCUUACUGUGGAUAACAAAGUUUGAAGGGCAUUAUUCUAGGUACACUGGGUAGAUUGAAAGCCUCCAGAUAACAAGUAGAUUUUUACACAAGAUUAUGUCCUAUUUAGGUUCUAAAGAUUUCACAUCUUGAAGAAAAAUGGGCUUCUGUUUAUAUGAUCCCAGAUGGAAAAAAAAAAAAAAAAAAAACCUUUUCCCCUACAGUUCAAGUAGCUGAUUAAAUGGAUUUUUGAGCAUGGUGUCACAUUUAGCUCCAUGAGGACAGAGACCAUCCGUGUCUAUCUUUAUCCCUAGGGCCUGGCUCUUAGUAGAUUCUCAAUAAAUAUUUAUUGGUAGUAGUUCCAAUGUUUUGGUUACAUUUUUUCUCUAGGAAGUUAGAGAAACCACCUGUGUCUGAGUGUGUCUGUGAGUGCAUCUGUGGGACCCUUAGAGGGUUUGCCUCAGGAGAUCUCCUUUACAGGGCUCUGGGAGGACUAAAGGAUGAUUACAUCCUAUUUUAUCUGGAGGGUGUGGUUCAAACCUGGGUGGCUGACAUGUUGGUUCUCUCUGGGACCCCAUUUUCUGCCAUGUUUUUAGAGUGAUGUAAUGUUAACUAGCAUGGAAAUUCUGGGUCCUAGUCUCAGUUGUGGAGGUGAGAGACCCUCAACAAAUGUUGACACAGAACUGCCUCUUAUUGAGCACUAGGAACUAGUAAAUGAUUUACAUGUAUUAUUAACCUGUUUAAUCAGCACAACACCUCUAUGAGGUUGCUUACUAUUGUGACCUCCACGGUACAGAUGAGAAAACUAAGGUUCAGAGGAUUUAAAUGUUAGCUCUCCAUAAUGACUGCUAUGUGUGGGACUGAGGAUACAGAGCCUUGCCCUUCUGAAGCUUAUAUUCUAAUGCCGAAGACUUGCGGUAAACAAGUAAAUAAAAAAUACUAUGUAAUUUUACGCAGACAUAAAUGCUGUGAAGAAAAAUAAUGCUUGAAAAAAUAAUGAUGGACGAAUCGGGACCAGCCUGCCAUUUAGAGGGAAUAAUCAAAGAACACGUCAACAACAAGGGUAAAUUUGAACAGAGACCUAAGUGGAGAGAGGGAAUUAGCCUUGUGGAUAAUCUGGAGGAAGAGGCAGAAGGAUAGCAAGGGCAAGGGCCCUGAUCCAGUAGAGAGCUUAGCUUGUUCAGGCAACGUUAAGAGGGCCAGUGUAGCUUGAACCAAAUGAGCAAGAGGAGAGUGGUAGUUGUUGGGGUGAGAGAGGGCAGAGGACCAGAUCAGGUGAGGCCUUGAAUGUAGAUCAUUGUAAAGGAGCUUGGACUGUGUUCUGAUGUCUUCUACGUACAGACAGGGUCUUCUUCGAGGGGCAGAGACCUCUAAGGUCCUUUCCUGCUUUAGAAUCCUCUGACUUCAGUGAUGUCAUAUCAAGCCAUUCAAGUCAGUCAACCUGUUUUAACAGUUCUGUAGAAGACUUGCUUUGCACCUCUAGAUACUCUUCUUCCGGGCAAAGCCAUUUACCCCUGCUGAUCUUUUUCAAGAGGGUGGCCAACUGCAGCCAUAAAACCCAUGGCUGGGCUUGUCUGCUGCCCUGCUGUCUUAUCAAAGCUGUGGUGGGCAUGGGCUGUUGACCAAUAUGUGGUAUGUGUUUAAAGAAUGUUAAUUCCUACAAAGAGUCACUUUGUGUUUUCUGGCACAACUGAUAAUUUUCAUCCUGUAACUCUCUUUUUCUAAUUUGCUCAAAUAUUCCUUGUCCUCCCCUGUAGAGAGUGUUACAACUCGGGGUAGUAAUAAAGUAUUUGACAACUGUGUGAGUUGUAGGAACAUGCCCCUUUUUGUUAAUAGAGGCGUAAUUGUAACCAAAGAAAUUUAAUUUCUUCUUUAGCAAACACUGACAUUUCUGUUUAAGAAUGACUGCUAGAGUAAAAGGAAAUAACCAUGUAUCAUGAAUUACACUGGAAGUUCUUUCUGUAAUAGCUCAAAACUGGCCUAUGGCCAAAAUUAAAACCAUAUGAGCAUAUCAUAAAUCUCAA